AUGUUCAUGAUAAAGUAUGACCCAGCUGUAGAUGAAAGAUGCAGUGACAUUAUUCAGAAAAUUAAUUUGUCCACGAUCAAUAAUAGACGGCAAGAUAUGACAUAUAUAAUACACAUUGAGCAGAUGUUCUAUCUCUUUAGAAUAAUGAUAGGAAUCUCCACAUUCCAUUUGGAUAAUCAAAAAUUGCAGGGUUACCAUGGCCUCUACUGCGAAGAGGAAUAUAAUGAAUGCCUUUCUGCACCCUGCCAGAAUGGUGCCACCUGCAGAGAUCUUGUCAAUAGCUAUGAAUGUGCAUGUCUUGCUGAAUAUGAAGGAAGGCACUGUGAACUAUACAAAGAUCCCUGUGUUAAUAUUAGCUGUCAUAAUGGUGGCACAUGUAACAGUGAAGGUCUAAAUGCUACAUGCAUUUGUGCACCUGGAUUUACAGGUGAGGACUGUGAUAUUGACAUAAAUGACUGUGACAGCAACCCAUGUCAUCAUGCUGGGACUUGUAUAGACCAACCCAAUGGUUAUAAUUGCCAUUGUCCACGUGGCUGGGUUGGAGCAAAUUGUGAAAUACAUCUACAGUGGAAGUCUGGGCACAUGGCGGAGAGUCUAACAAAUAUGCCUCGUCAUUCCCUUUAUAUCAUAAUCGGUGCCCUCUGCGUUGCAUUUGUUCUCAUGCUGAUCAUUCUGAUUGUGGGGAUAUGCCGUAUCAGCCGCAUUGAAUACCAAGGCUCUUCCAGGCCAGCCUAUGAGGAGUUUUACAACUGUAGAAGCAUCGAUAGUGAAUUCAGUAGUGCAAUUGCAUCUAUCCGACAUGCCAGGUUUGGAAAGAAAUCCCGGCCUGCAAUGUAUGAUGCAACCCCCAUUGCUUAUGAAGAUUAUAGCCCGGAUGACAAACCUUUGGUUACACUGAUUAAAACAAAAGAUUUAUAAUCUACUGUAUCUUUUUUGGAUUAUUUUUCAAAAGGAUGGGCUACUAAAUUAAUUUAAAUAUUUUUAAGAAGAAGAAAGCAUAAGAAAUUAAAACCAUUAGAUGUUCCAGAAUUUUCUGUAGAAUGUUUAAGAACUAAUUUUCUGCAGCUUUUAGUUUGAGAAAAAUAUUUUAAAACUAAAUUCGUGAAGUUCAUGAAUUGCAUUUUAAUGUACUUUCAGCUCUAUAAACUGUAAGCUUAUAAUAGUGUGUGCUUUUUCAUGGUAGACACUAUUACACAACCCAGAUGAGCUUCUGUGGUUGUAACAGAACAGAAAAACAGUAACUGAUGAAGAGUUUCUUUUUGACAUUUCAGUGCCAGCUUUCUCAGUAGAGUUAGGAAAA